AUGGCCUCAUCUUUUGAUUUUGCCCUGGGCCUCAAAUCGGCUCGAGUCGGCCUGAUCAGACUAACACUUUUCCAAGUUCCUUUGUUAGUAGGCAUUGGGGAAGAUGAUAGAGCCCUGACUAAGGCAACUGAAAGUGGCGAUAUUGAUCUUGUUUAUCUUGUUCUCUUUCAUAUAUUGCAGAAGAGACCAGCAUUGGAAUUAUUUGGAAUGAUACAAGCUAGACCUAUUGCACGCGAUCUAUUCAUACGUUAUGCAAGGUGCUAUAAGCAUGAGUUUCUCAAGGAUUUCUUUCUUUAUACUGGUCAACUUCAUGAUGUUGCCUACUUGUUGUGGAAAGAAUCAUGGGAAUUAGCAAAGAAUCCAAUGGCAACUAAAGGAUCUCCACUUCAUACUCCACUUAUAAAACUCAUUGAAAAAGCUCAAAAUCUUUUUGCUGAGGUCUAUCUUACUUCCACCUUCUCAUCUUAA